AUGGUAAUAAUCCAGUCUGUUCGAGACAAAGCGACACAAGCUCAUACGAAUCAGGGUAAACGCAAGUCAGCGAGCAAGCCAGAGGGCAAGAAGAAGGUGCGCACACCGCAUGUAGCACUUGAGCCCAUCGAGCACACGACUAAUACCGCGACANNGCGCGAGGCACUAUCUACUACCUUCCAAUGCCUGUUCUGCAACCACGAGAACUCAGUCUCGGUCAAGAUCGACAAGAAGGCCAGCACAGGCGAACUGACCUGCAAGGUCUGCGGCCAAACAUUCCAAUGUGUUGUCAAUUGUACGUCCCGAGGAAUAAAGAGAAGAGUCGCAACGUGCGGAGGGUCUAACAACGUCUCUCUUACAGACCUCAGCGCACCUAUCGAUGUUUACUAUGAGUGGGUGGAUGCUUGUGAUUCUGUAGCCAAACAGUCCGGCACUUCGCAGCCGAGAAGAGACAUGUACAGUGGUACUGCAUCACAAUCACGCUCGCAGACCGCUCAAGGCACUGCCGCCAAUACCGCAGCCGACGACGGCUUCAUCGACGACGACGAGCUUGACGCAGAGGCAGAGUACGCCGAAGAGUAA